CCACUAGAGCGGCAGCAUCCAGGGCGACCUACUCUCUGCCAGCCCCGCCCCCCACUUCCCUCUGAGCCCCGGCUCCGCGCGCCCGGUGUUGGAGCGAGCCCGAGGCUGCUGUCAUCCGGGCACUGCGGCGGGAACAUGGCCGACGUUGUUCAGGACUAGUUUGCAGAAACAGACAGAAAAAUGAAAGUCGAUAGAACAAAGCUGAAGAAAACGCCAACUGAAGCGCCUGCUGAUUGCCGAGCUCUUAUCGAUAAGCUAAAGGCCUGCACCGAUGAACAGCUCCAGACAGAACUUCAGCAGAUCAAGACAUGGAAUAUUGGAAAGUGCGAGCUGUACCACUGGGUGGACAUGCUGGAUCGGUUCGACGGGAUUUUGGCAGACGCCGGGCAGACGGUGGAAACCAUGUCCUGGAUGCUGGUGUGUGACAGGCCAGAAAACGAGCAGCUCAAAGCCCUUCUCCUGGCGGUCCUAAACUUCACGGCCCUGCUCAUUGAGUAUAGCUUCUCCAGGCAUUUGUACAGUUCCAUCGAACACUUGACGACGUUAUUAGCAUCAUGUGACAUGCAGGUGGUGCUGGCUGUAUUAAAUCUGCUGUAUGUAUUCAGCAAGAGAUCAAAUUAUAUCACUCGGCUUGGAUCUGAUAAGAGGACUCCUUUGUUGUCAAGGCUGCAGCACUUAGCAGAGAGUUGGGGUGGCAAGGAGAAUGGUUUUGGACUUGCAGAGUGCUGCCGUGACCUGCAGAUGUCGAAAUACCCACCUAGUGCAACAACACUACACUUUGAGUUCUAUGCAGAGCCAAGUGCGGAGGUGAAGUUGGACAAAAAGGUCACGACAAACAACACACUACAUUACAUUCACAUAGAGCAGUUAGAUAAGAUAUCUGAAAGCCCGUCUGAAAUUAUGGAGUCUUUAACCAAAAUGUACAGUAUCCCAAAGGAUAAGCAGAUGCUACUGUUUACACACAUACGGCUAGCCCACGGCUUCUCGAAUCAUAAGAAGAGACUUCAAGCAGUGCAAGCUCGGUUGCAUGCGAUCUCUAUAUUAGUUUACUCUAAUGCGCUCCAAGAGUCAGCCAACAGUAUAUUGUACAAUGGUUUGAUAGAGGAGCUGGUUGAUGUGCUACAGAUCCCUGACAAGCAGCUAAUGGAUAUCAAAGCCGCAUCCUUGCGGACGUUGACGUCUAUUGUCCAUUUGGAGCGGACUCCCAAGCUGAGCAGCAUUAUAGACUGCACGGGGACAGCGUCGUACCACGGUUUUCUGCCUGUGCUGGUGAGAAACUGCAUACAGGCCAUGAUUGAUCCGUCAAUGGAGCCGUACCCUCAUCAGUUUGCCACGGCAUUGUUCUCGUUUCUUUACCACCUGGCCAGCUAUGAUGCAGGCGGUGAGGCCUUGGUCUCCUGUGGCAUGAUGGAAGCUCUACUCAAGGUGAUCAAGUACCUCGGGGACGAGCAGGAUCAGAUCACUUUUGUGACCAGGGCUGUCCGUGUGGUGGACCUCAUCACCAACCUGGACAUGGCUGCUUUCCAGUCGCACAGUGGCCUGGCUGUGUUCAUCAAUCGAUUAGAGCACGAAGUGGAUAUCUGUAGAAAGGAAUGUCCUUUCGUUAUCAAGCCAAAGAUUCAGCGGUCAAGCACGGCUCAGGAGGGAGAGGACAUGGAGACAGACUCUGAAGUUUCAGAUAUCGUUAUGGAGAGCAGUCCUGGUCCCUCAACAUCAACCACCGAAGUCAGGUCAGAAGGAGAGUCACGGGGGCCAAAUACUGUCAUGAGUUACCCACCGAGAACUGGGGUCCAGUGCAUUCCCCAGCGUGCGGCUCUGUUGAAAUCCAUGCUAAACUUCUUGAAGAAGGCCAUUCAGGAUCCAGCCUUCUCAGACAGCAUCCGACACGUAAUGGAUGGUUCCCUGCCUACCUCACUCAAGCACAUUAUCAGCAAUGCAGAGUAUUAUGGGCCAUCGCUCUUCCUGCUUGCCACAGAAGUGGUGACAGUGUUUGUCUUCCAAGAGCCUUCGCUGUUGUCCUCACUCCAGGAUAAUGGACUGACGGAUGUUAUGCUCCACGCUCUGCUGAUAAAAGACGUGCCUGCAACCCGUGAAGUUCUGGGUUCCCUGCCAAAUGUUUUCAGCGCGCUGUGCCUGAAUGCUCGUGGGCUGCAGUCUUUCGUGCAAUGUCAGCCCUUUGAGCGACUCUUCAAGGUGCUGCUGUCCCCUGAUUACCUGCCCGCGAUGAGGAGGCGCCGAAGUUCGGAUCCCCUAGGUGAUACGGCAUCCAACCUUGGCAGUGCCGUGGAUGAACUGAUGAGACACCAACCAACUCUGAAGACUGAUGCCACUACAGCAAUCAUAAAGCUGCUGGAAGAAAUCUGCAACCUGGGAAGAGACCCCAAGUACAUCUGCCAGAAGCCCUCCAUCCAGAAGGCAGACGGGACUGCGAGCGCUCCGCCCCCCAGAUCCAACCACGCUGCCGAGGAGGCUUCCAGUGAAGACGAGGAGGAGGAAGAAGUACAGGCCAUGCAGAGCUUCAGCAGCAGCAUGGCUGCUCAACAGAGUGACCCUGAGCCCAGCCAGCAGGUGGUCGGGACAGAGGAGAGGAUACCCAUCCCACUCAUGGACUACAUUCUGAAUGUGAUGAAGUUUGUCGAGUCUAUCCUGAGCAACAACACAACAGACGAUCACUGCCAGGAGUUUGUGACCCAGAAGGGGCUACAGCCACUGGUCUGCAUCUUGGGGCUCCCAAACCUCCCCAUCGACUUCCCCACUUCUGCUGCCUGUCAGGCCGUGGCCGGCGUUUGCAAGUCUAUUCUGACGCUGUCGCAUGAACUGAAAGUGCUGCAGGAAGGCCUCAUCCAGCUGGACACCAUCCUGUCGUCGUUGGAGCCUCUGCAUCGUCCCAUCGACACGCCAGGCGGCUCCGUGCUGCUGCGGGAGCUGGCAAACGCGGGCAAUGUGGCCGACGCAACCCUCUCUGCUCAGGCUACGCCUCUGUUGCAUUCCCUAACCGCUGCCCACGCCUACAUCAUGAUGUUUGUGCACACCUGCCGGGUGGGACAGAGUGAAAUUCGUUCUAUAUCUGUGAACCAGUGGGGCUCGCAGCUGGGUCUGAAUGUCCUGAACAAGCUCAGCCAACUUUACUGCUCACUGGUGUGGGAAAGCACCGUGCUCCUGUCCCUCUGCACCCCCAACAGUCUACCAGCAGGCUGCGAGUUUGGUCAGGCUGACAUGCAGAAGUUGGUGCCAAAGGAGGAGAAGCCUGCUGCCACUGCCACACCGGGUUCCGCAGCCGGAGGGAAGAGACCAGAAGCUGAGAUGGAGGCAACAGGUAGUGGUGUGGAGACGUCAGCGCAGGGCCUGCUGGAGGGGAUAAGCCUGGAUGGGGACACCCUAGCCCCGAUGGAAACUGAUGAGCCCAGCACGUCCGAUGCCAAGGGCAAGUCCAAGAUCACCCCAGCCAUGGCUGCACGGAUUAAGCAGAUCAAGCCCUUGCUCUCAGCGUCCUCGAGGCUCGGCAGGGCUCUGGCUGAGCUUUUUGGUUUGUUGGUGAAGCUGUGCGUCGGAUCGCCCGUGCGGCAGAGGCGGAGUCAUCACCCUGCCAGCACGACGACGGCGCCCACACCCGCAGCACGGGGGACUGCGUCUGCUCUCACUAAGCUGCUAACAAAAGGAUUGUCGUGGCAGCCACCACCUUACACGCCAACCCCCCGAUUCAGGCUGACCUUCUUCAUUUGCUCGGUGGGAUUCACCUCGCCCAUGCUGUUUGACGAGAGGAAGUACCCCUAUCAUUUGAUGCUGCAGAAGUUCCUGUGCUCUGGAGGACAUGAUGCCCUGUUUGAGACCUUUAAUUGGGCCCUGUCCAUGGGGGGUAAAGUGCCAGUCACUGAAGGCCUGGAGCAUACGGAUCUGCCGGACGGCACGGGCGAGUUCCUUGAUGCUUGGCUGAUGCUUGUGGAGAAGAUGGUGAAUCCAACAACUGUCCUGGAGUCCCCCCACUCCCUGCCUGCCAAACCACCUGGAGGCCAAAACUUCGCUCAGUUCAGUGCACUGAGGUUCCUGGUGGUUACCCAGAAGGCAGCCUUCAACUGCAUCAAGAACCUGUGGGACCGAAAACCUCUGAAGGUGUACGGUGGCCGCAUGGCUGAGUCAAUGCUGGCCAUUUUGUGCCACAUCCUGAGGGGCGAGCCGGUUAUCCGCGAGCGGCUCUCCAAGGAGAAGGAAGGGAGCCGGACAGAGGAGGAGGGUCCCCAGGAGGAGGGGUCGGCGCCCAGGCGGGAGCCCCAAGUCAACCAACAACAGCUUCAGCAGCUGAUGGACAUGGGCUUCACACGGGAGCAUGCUAUGGAGGCCCUGCUGAACACCAGCAGCAUGGAGCAGGCAACAGAGUACCUGCUGACACACCCUCCCCCACUCCUGAGUGGCACUGUCCGCGUGAGGGAGCUGAGCAUGUCUGAGGAGGACCAGAUGAUGAGGGCAAUAGCCAUGUCGCUGGGUCAGGAUAUUCCAAUGGACCAGAGUACAGAAUCACCAGAGGAAGCAGCCCGUCGCAAGGAGGAGGAGGAGCGCAAGGCCCGUGAGAAGCAAGAGGAGGAGGAGGUGAAGAGCCUGGAGCGGUACCAGGACGCUGAGCCCCUAGAGCCAGACGAGCUCAAUGCAUUCACAGAGAAGAUGCUGCCCGGCUGCUUCCACCUGCUGGAUGAGCUGCCGGACACAGUGUACCGCGUCUGUGAUCUGAUCAUGACUGCCGUCAAGCGCAACGGAGCUGACUACAGGGACCUGAUCCUGAAGCAGGUUGUGGAGCAGGUAUGGGAAGCUGCCAAUGUCCUCAUCAAAGCAGCACUCCCCCUGACCACGAGCGACACAAAGACUGUGGCGGAAUGGACGAGCCAAAUGGCCACGCUACCACAAGCAUCCAACCUUGCCACCAGGAUCCUGCUGCUCACGCUGCUGUUUGAGAUUGGGAAUUCUAAAGAAGCCUUGCAGGGUACAGGCAGUCCUCAGGAACUCAAGCUGACCUGUGCCAGGAUUGUGGAGACGAGUGGUAUACUGGAUGUCUUGAUUAAGUUGCUGGAGGUGGCCCAACCGUGCCUUCAGGCUGCAAAGGAACAGAAGGAGGUGCACACACCCAAGUGGAUCACUCCUGUUCUGCUGCUGAUAGACUUCUAUGAGAAGAUGUCAGUGUCCUCGAAGAGGAGGGCGCAGAUGAACAAGUUCCUACAGACAACGGGAAACAACUGGCGCUGGUUUGAUGAUCGGUCGGGGCGGUGGUGCAGUUACAGUGCCAGCAACAACAGCACCAUCGAUGCGGCGUGGAGGAUGGGGGAGACCAGCGUGAGGUUCACGGCCGGCCGGCGGCGCUACACUGUGCAGUUCAACACCAUGGUGCAGGUGAAUGAAGAGACAGGAAACAGGCGGCCGGUGAUGUUGACUCUGCAACGACUGACAAGGAAGGAGACUAACUCCAAGACAAGCAGCUCACAGUUUGUCCAGGACCUGGAGAAGACCCUGGAAGAGGGGAAAGAACCCGAGCCCAAACCCGCCGAAGAGAAAACCUCUGAUGCAGAGCCUCCCCUGCCCGAGCCCACAGCGGAGAAGGAGCCGAGGGAAGAGGUGAAGGCUAAUGACAUCGUCAUCCAGGGACUGACCGAGGAGCAGAUGACGGUGCUGAUUCGCUCUUGCGUCAGCAUGAUCAGCGUUCCAGUGGACCCUGACACACUGCACGCCACCCUGCGCCUCUGUCUGCGGCUGACCCGUGAGCACAAGUGUGCCCUGAUGUUUGCUGAGCUGGGCAGCACCCGCAUGAUCCUGAGCCUGACCCAGGGCUCCGGGUUCAACGGUUUCACACCACUCGUCACCCUGCUCUUCCGGCACGUCAUUGAGGACCCCUGCACACUCAAGCACACCAUGGAGAAGGUGGUACGCUCAGCUGCCACUAGCGGUGCUGGCAGCACGACCUCCGGCGUGGUGUCGGGGAGCCUGGGCUCCCGGGAGAUCAAUUAUAUCCUGAGGGUCUUGGGCCCAGCUGCCUGCAGGAACCCUGACAUCUUCACUGAGGUGGCAAAGAAUUGCAUAAGGAUAGCCCUUCCUGCCCCACGAGGAAAUGGAACCGCCUCUGAUGAUGAGUUUGAGAAUUUGCGCAUCAAGGGUCCCAAUGCCGUGCAGCUGGUGAAAACCACCCCAGUGAAGCCCUCGCCGCUUCCCACCAUCCCAGACACGAUAAAGGAGGUCAUUUAUGACAUGCUGAACGCACUAUCGGCUUAUCACGCUCCCGAUGAAGCGGAAAAGGUUGAAGUGAAGCUGGUGAGUGUCAAUCAGGAACUGAGCCAGCUGCUUCAGGACGUUGGUGAUGACAUGUACCAGCAGUAUCGCUCGCUGACCCGGCAGGGCAGCGACUUCGAUUCCCAGCAGAGCUUCACCAUCAACACCCAGGUCUUUGUCGCAGACAGUGCAGCGACUGAUGCCAGCCAGCCUGGUACUUCUCAAGGAGAAGUCUCCACACCAGAGGAGAACCGGGACGGUAAGAAGGACAAGGACGGGGAUAAAGCAUCCGAAGAUGGGAAGCAGAAGGCGAAAGCUACCAAACCUCUCAUGCCGACAUCCACCAUCCUGCGGCUUCUGGCUGAAUUGGUGCGCUCGUACAUCGGCAUUGCCACGCUGAUCGCGGGCUACAACUACACGGCUGGCCAGUCUGAACUCAUCAAAGAGGAUUGUAGUGUGCUGGCCUUCGUCCUGGAUCACCUUCUGCCCCAGACCCAGAACGUGGGGGACAAGGACACCCCAGCACUGGCCCGCCUCUUCCUGGCCAGCCUGGCGGCAGCAACACAAAGCACAGAGGCUCAGGCCGCGCUAGUCAAUGAAGUCAAAGCAGCCCUCAGCAGAGCACUGGCAAUGGCAGAGAGCACGGAAAAGCAUGCCAGGUUGCAGGCGGUGAUGUGCAUCAUCAGUACCAUCAUGGAGUCCUGCCCGUCCACCUCGAGUUUCUACAGCAGCAAUGCCGUCAAGACACAACACAACGGCAUGAACAACAUCAUUCGGCUCUUCCUCAAGAAGGGGCUAGUGAAUGAUCUGGCUCGAGUUCCGCACAGCCUGGACCUGUCAAGCCCCAACAUGGCGAACACUGUGAAUGCUGCCCUGAAGCCUCUAGAGACACUGUCUCGCAUUGUCAACCAGCCAAGCAGUCUCUUCGGCAGCAAGAACGCCUCGAGUAAGAACAAAUCAGAGCAGGAUACGAACAUCACCAGCAGCGACGCUAAUGGCAAUCAGCCAGAAGCCGGUGUACUGAUUAAAGUGGCCGCUGAGUGUGAGACAGGAGAGACUGAAGUGCACGAAGAUCACGCCCCCACUGGAGUAGGCGACAAUGAUAUCAUGGACGGGGAGCCCGAAGCGGACACGGUGGUGAUCACCGGGCAAUCCGAAGUUCUGAACGCCCAGGAGAUGCAGGUUGAGAACGAGCUGGAAGAUCUCAUUGACGAAUUGUUGGAGAGGGACGUGGACACUGUGAACAGCACCAUCAUCGCUUGCAGAAGUACUGAGGAUGAGUCCCAGGAGGAUGUGUUGAUGGAUGAGGCUCCCUCAAAUCUCAGUCAGGCGCCCACUCUGCAGGCUAACCGAGAAGAUUCCAUGAACAUCCUGGACCCUGAUGAUGAGGAGCACACACAGGAGGAGGACAGCAGUGGGAGCAACGAAGAUGAUGACGACAGCCAGGAUGAGGAUGAGGAAGAGGAGGAAGACGAAGAUGACCAGGACGAUGAGGAAGGGGAGGAGGAGGAGGGUGACGAGGACGAUGAGGAUGAAGAGGGUUCCGAAAUGGAGCUGGAUGAAGACUACCCAGACAUUGACGAGUCGCUCGUCCGCUUUGAUCGUGAGGACGACCUAAUCAUCGAGUUUGACAACAUGUUCUCUACGGCAGCUGACAUCCCCCCCGCCCCCGGCAACAUCCCCGCCACACACCCGCUCAUGGUUCGGCACGCCGAUCACAGCGCCCUGACCCUGGGCACCGGCUCGUCCACCACACGGCUGACGCAAGGUAUCGGGCGCAGCCAGCGGGCAAUCCGGCCAUUCACAGCGACCAACACGGGCCACACGAUCCAUGUGCACUACCCCGGUAACAGGCAGCCCAACCCUCCACUCAUCCUGCAGAGGUUGCUUGGGCCCUCAGCAGCUGCAGACAUCCUCCAGCUGAGCAGCAGCCUGCCCCUUCAGAGCCGCGGCCGUGCCCGCCUGCUGGUGGGCAACGAUGACGUGCACAUCAUUGCCCGUUCAGACGACGACCUCCUUGAUGACUUCUUCCACGAUCAGACGGCUACAACCAGCCAAGCAGGUACGUUGUCCAGCAUCCCAACGGCGCUGACCCGCUGGACUGAAGAAUGCAAAGUACUGGACGCAGAGAGCAUGCAUGACUGCGUGGCGGUUGUGAAGCUACCCAUCAUUCAGCACUUGGAGUCAUUGCGCGACGAGGAGCUGGAGGAGCGGAGGGAGAAACGGCGGAAGCAGCUGGCAGAAGAGGAGGCCAAGAGGGAGGAGAAGGCCAAGGAGGAGAAGGAGAACAAGGAGCAGAACACACCGCAGGCUGCAGGUUCCACUGGAACUGCCAACUCGUCUGCUCAAGGUGACAAGAAUCAAACAGGCGUGUGCUCCAGCGCUUUGUCUGCCACAAAUGAAGCCAUCAGCAACAUCGCUGCCUCGAUCGCGGAAGCCGCACUGGAGGCCAUGAGGACCCACGGCCAGUUAGCGGAUGCGGAGCAGCCUACUGUUGGUUCCACUGGGUUGGAUACCCCUCGCCUGGAGAGCUUCCUUCCCUCUACCACCUCAAUGGAGGGUGCACCCGCUGCCGAGGCGCAGACUCUGGGUGCGCUGGAGGCUGCUCAGCCCCCUCUCCAGCCUGGUGAGCCACCAUCAGCACCGCUGCAGCUAGAGCCCACCGAGGAGGUGACAGCACAGUCCCUGAUGCCCGUGGAGCCGGCAGAAGCUGGGCCGGAGAGACUAAGUGGAGAGGCCGAGGCCCUGCAGAUGGAAAUGUCGCCGGCGCCAACCACAGCCUCCCAGUCCCCUGAGAGGGCGGAGAGCUCUGAUGCCCUGGUAACUGUGGGCAGUCAGCUGGAGGGCUCGCCAAUGGACACUAGCAGCCCAGUAUCUGGUAUCUUGGAGGAAGCAACAGGGGAAGGCCUUGGCCCCGGGGCCGGCGAGCAGGGCAGGACUGCCACCGAGGAGAGGCAGCCGCCUUCUGAGUCAGCGGCCACAGCGCAAGCCCAAGUGGAACCAGCUGCCACUGGAGAACUGAGUGUGACAUCCUCCGUCACCUCCGUGACCUUGCCAGCCAGAGACAACGGGCCAGGCACUGGGGUGACUGCGCCCUCCGAUGUGCCACCUUCCUCUAACAGCGAUGAGGACCCUCUUGCAGGAAUCAGCCUCCCUGAGGGUGUGGAUCCAUCCUUCCUUGCUGCCCUACCUGAGGACAUCCGCCGUGAGGUGCUGCAGAACCAGCUGGGGAUAAGGCCCCCCAACCGUGCAGCAGCCACCGUUGCGGCCACAGCCGCAGCCGCUGCAGCUGCCGCCGCUGCCACCCUGGUAGGCAACCAGGGUGUCACCGAAGUUAGCCCCGAGUUCCUGGCUGCCCUUCCACCGGCUAUACAAGAGGAGGUCCUGGCACAGCAGAGGGUGGAGCAACAGCGGAGGGAGCUCGCGCAGGCAGCCAACCCUGACACCCCCAUGGACCCGGUAACCUUCAUCCAGACCCUGCCUUCUGACCUGCGGCGGAGCGUGCUGGAGGAUAUGGAGGACAGUGUGCUGGCGGUGAUGCCGCCCGACAUUGCGGCUGAGGCCCAGGCACUGCGCCGGGAGCAGGAAGCCCGGCAAAGGCAACUGAUGCACGAGCGCCUGUUCAGCCAUAGCAGCUCUUCAGCGCUCUCUGCCAUCCUACGGAGCACAGGCUUCACCGGUCGCUUGGGCGGAAACAGAGGGGUGCAGUACACGCGCCUGGCCGUGCAGAGGAGCGGAACGUUCCAGUGGGGGAGUGGCACGCACAACAGAGCAUCGAGUAGCAGUAAUGUGGAGAGCCUGCUGCGAUUGCGGGGCCGCCUCCUGCUCGACCACGAGGCCCUAUCCUGCCUGCUUGUGCUGCUGUUCGUAGACGAGCCAAAGCUCAACACCAGCCGGCUGCACCGGGUGCUGCGGAACCUGUGCUACCACGCGCAGACGAGGGGCUGGGUCAUCCGCAGCCUCCUCUCCAUCCUGCAGCGCAGCAGUGAGAGCGAGCUCUGCGUUGAGACUCCUCGGCACACCGACGAGAAAGGAAAGCGAGCAGCCAAGGCUGGAGCCGGUUCGGCCGCCCACGAGCCCCGGCCCCUCGACCUCCUGCACAAGAUGGAAGCCAAGACCACUAGCCAGUUGUCCUGGCUGUCUGUCUCCAUGGACGCUGCACUGGGCUGCCGCACCAACAUCUUCCAGAUCCAGCGGUCAGGCAGCCGCAAGCACUCAGAGAGGCACGUGGGCUGCGGAUCGACGGUUCACAUCCACCCACAGGCAGCUCCUGUGGUCUGCCGCCACGUGCUCGACACCCUGAUACAGCUGGCGAAGGUUUUCCCAAGCCACUUCACGCAGCAGAAGACCAAAGAGGCGAGCGUCGAAACCGACAAGGAGAAGCUGAGCAAGCAGCCUGUGACUUGCCCGUGCCUCGGCCAACCGGCAGGUGGAGGAGGGGGAGGGGGCAGCACUGGUGGUACCAACACAGGCAUUUCCACAGACUUUUGGGACUUGCUUGUCAAGCUAGACAACAUGAACGUCAGCCGUAAGGGCAAGACAUCGGUCAAGGCCACACCAGCAUCCACCAGCGAAGGGGAGAGCAGCCAAGGCAGCCUGGAGUCGUCUCCCCUGGGCCAGCUGAUGAACAUGCUCUCGCAUCCUGUCAUCCGCCGUAGCUCACUGCUGACCGAGAAGCUGCUGCGGCUCCUCUCGCUCAUUUCCAUCGCUCUACCAGAUAAGGCGGCCGAGGUGGCAGCCAACCAUGGCGCCGCAGCUGAGGUCACCCUGGCCGGUUCCCUCACCUCAACUCCAAAAGCCACAAAAUCUCCAGCAAAGGCCACGUCAGAAGGUACGGUGGGUGCCAACGACAGCAAGGUGCAGAAUUCUGGCCUGACGGAGAAACAGCUGCAACUCUCUGUGGAGGUGUUGACCUCCCACUCGUGUUCGGAAGAGGGUCUGGAGGACGCGGCGAAUAUUCUGCUUCAGCUGUCCAGAGGGGAGCCAGGGACCCGGGACACUGUCCUGAAGCUACUGCUGAGUGGAGCUCGUCAGCUGGGGUACACGCUGUGUCAGCAGAUAGGUACUUUAUUGGCUGAACUGCGGGAAUACAACCUGGACCAGGAGAGGAGGGCGCAGUCGGACAACCAGUCGCCUGAGGGCACACCAGACGAGCACCCACAGCUCACCAAGCUGAAAGGCAAGAUGCAGAGCAGGUUUGACACUGCGGAGAACGUAGUCAUCGUGGCUUCCCACAAGCGCCCCCUGGGCGGCCGGGAGCUCCAGCUGCCCUCCAUGUCGAUGCUGACGUCCAAGACCUCCACGCAGAAGUUCUUCCUCCGCAUCCUGCAAGUCAUCAUUCAGCUGAGAGAUGCCACCCGCCGGGCGCACAAGAAGGCCAAGCAGACGGGAAGACUAGGGACCUCGGCACUGGGCUCUGCGAGCAGCAUCCAGGCCGCCGUGAGGCAGCUGGAGGCAGAGGCUGACGCCAUCAUACAAAUGGUACGUGAGGGCCAACGUGCCAGAAGACAACAGCAAUCAGCCAUGUCCGAGUCGAACCCGGCAGAGGGAGCCUCGCGAAGGGACGAGUCUCCCAUGGACGUGGAUCAGCCGUCACCCGCUGCUCAGGAGUCGCUGUCGUUGGCAGGUUCUGAGGCAAGCCAAGCGGGUGAGAAGAAGGAGGAGGAGGAGAAGCUGCCGGAGCUGCCCCUGCUGAGCGAGCAGCUGAGCCUGGACGAGCUGUGGGACAUGCUGGGCGAGUGUCUGAAGGAGCUGGAGGAGUCGCACGACCAGCACGCUGUCUUGGUCCUGCAGCCCGCAGUAGAAGCCUUUUUCCUCGUCCAUGCGACCGAGAGGGAAAGCAAGCCCCCCGUGCGCGACACAAGGGAGAGCCAGCUGGCCCACAUCAAGGACGAAGCACCACCCCUCUCCCCUGCCCCGGUCACCCCAGCCACGCCUUCCUCCCUUGACCCAUUCUUCUCCCGGGAACCCUCGUCUAUGCACAUCUCCUCCAACCUGCCUCCAGACACUCAGAAGUUCCUCCGCUUUGCAGAAACCCAUCGGACUGUGCUAAACCAGAUCCUGCGGCAGUCCACCACUCACCUGGCAGACGGUCCGUUCGCUGUUCUCGUGGACUACAUUCGGAUACUUGACUUCGAUGUCAAGCGCAAGUACUUCCGUCAGGAGCUGGAGCGCCUGGAUGAGGGGAUCCGCAAGGAGGAUCUGGCGGUCCAUGUGAGGAGGGACCAUGUCUUCGAGGACUCGUACCGAGAGCUACAUCGGAAGUCCCCGGAGGAAAUGAAGAAUAGGCUGUACAUCGUCUUCGAAGGGGAGGAAGGGCAGGACGCGGGGGGCCUGCUGCGCGAGUGGUACAUGAUUAUCUCCCGGGAGAUGUUCAACCCCAUGUACGCCCUGUUUCGCACAUCGCCCGGCGACCGCGUCACCUACACCAUCAACCCAUCUUCACACUGCAACCCUAACCACCUCAGCUACUUCAAGUUUGUGGGGCGGAUUGUGGCCAAGGCGGUCUACGACAACCGGCUGCUGGAGUGCUACUUCACCCGUUCCUUCUACAAGCACAUCUUGGGCAAAUCUGUCAGGUAUACAGACAUGGAGAGUGAAGACUACCACUUUUAUCAAGGGCUGGUGUACCUGCUGGAAAAUGAUGUCUCCACUCUCGGCUAUGAGCUCACCUUCAGUACAGAGGUGCAAGAGUUUGGUGUGUGUGAGGUGCGGGAUCUGAAGCCCAAUGGAACGCAUGUUGUCGUGACGGAAGAGAACAAAAAGGAGUACGUUCAUCUGGUCUGUCAGAUGAAGAUGACCGGUGCUAUCCGGAAACAGCUGGCUGCCUUCCUGGAGGGCUUCUACGAGAUCAUCCCCAAGCGAUUGAUAUCAAUUUUCACGGAGCAGGAGUUGGAGCUACUCAUCUCUGGUCUACCAACGAUUGACAUUGAUGACUUGAAAGCCAACACUGAAUACCACAAGUACCAGGUUAACUCCAUACAGAUCCAGUGGUUCUGGCGGGCACUGCGCUCCUUCGACCAGGCUGACCGGGCCAAGUUCCUGCAGUUUGUCACUGGCACGUCCAAGGUCCCACUGCAGGGCUUUGCGGCUCUGGAGGGGAUGAACGGAAUACAGAAGUUCCAGAUUCACCGGGACGACCGUUCAACCGACAGGCUGCCCUCUGCUCACACUUGCUUCAACCAGCUGGAUCUUCCAGCCUACGAGAGCUACGAGAAGCUUCGUCACAUGCUGCUGCUGGCGAUACAAGAGUGCUCCGAAGGAUUUGGUCUUGCCUGAAGCUUGUACCGGAAGGAAGGAAGGAGCAAACAGAGAACGAAGAAAAGCAGGCAGUACACAAGGGGAGAUUUUUUUUUGGAAAAAAAAGAAAGAACGCGACUGUACAAUGUGCAUAAUUUGCUCUCCUCAGACUGUCCUGGUAGGCUCGCUUUAAGAAAAACCAACUUGCGUUACAGAGAGGCACCAAAUGUGCUGACUGGAUUACUGGAGUGAGCUUCACAAGAGGGGGAACAAAAAAAAAAUGACUUUGGGAACUUUUUUUCAACUUUCCCGAACACCUCCUCCUCCUCCGCCCCACCCGUUAGGUUGCAUCUCCUUUUGUGUUUGUGCGCGCUUGUGUUGUCUUGACCUGUACAUUGAUGAAAGAGGAACACCUUCUCCUCAACGUGAGAAAUUGUCUCCAGUGUUGCUGAGGCCACUUGUUUCAAUGUCACUCUUCACGACGCUGUUCUUUUUUCCUUUUUGUUACGUUUCUCUCCGCUGAAUCCAUGCAAGUACUGAGGAUGUAAAUAAAUAUUACAGGAGUUUUGAUCCACAGGUGGCCCCGUUAAUCCAAUCAGCAGCGGAGCGGCGACCGGUUGAGAGGUUGGGGGUUAUUUUUGCGAAUCAUGGGAAGGCGGUGGUUUCUGAACUGGAUCCCCAUAUAAUUGGACGGUAACACGCAGACAGGGAACAGCAACAAAAUUAAGAUGGGUUGAGCAACCAGGGAGGGGAACAGAAGGGCAAGGGAAAAGGCUUAAGUUGUAAAAUAUGUGCAGACAUAAAGUCGAUAGACACGUUCAUGCUUUUUUUUUCAUAUUUAUUCGUUUAGAUUUUUUGGAAAAUUCUGGAGUAAAUAAAAAGCUGGUUUGAUUCA